AUGUGGAAAUCAGGUCAUAAAAGUAAUGCAUGUAUUGGAGAUGUAAAGAGGUGUUUCCUGUGUGGUAGAGUCGGGCAUGAAAUAGCUGAUUGUAAGCACAAAGAGGUAAUUUGCUUCAAUUAUGGUGAAGAGGGACAUAUUAGUAGUCAGUGCCAGAAACUGAAGAAGGCACAAUCUGGUGGAAAAGUGUUUGCUUUAGCAGGAACUCAGACAACUAGCGAAGACAAACUAAUCAGAGGUACAUGUUUCAUUAGUAGUACUCCAUUAAUUACUAUUAUUGAUACUGGUGCUACGCAUUGUUUUAUCGCUGCUAAAUGUGUGAAAAGGUUAGAUCUUAUGUUGUCUUCUAUGAAUAGAGAAAUGGUCAUCGAUAUUCCAACUAAGAGAUUGGUGACUACUUCUCUAGUGUGUUUGAAGUUUCCUUUGUCGGUCUUUGACACAGACUUUUCUAUUGAUUUGGUUUGUUUGCCGUUAAAUGGAUUGGAUGUGAUCAUGGGUAUGAACUGGUUGGAAUAUAACUAUGUUUUUUAA